UGCCCCACCCUCCCCGCCCAAAGCUGAGGUGUGUCACCGCUGCACUGAGGCUGAUGAAGAGGCUUUAGUGCUCUCUGGGAUGCUCAGCCCCGACAGAAGCUCUGCUGCUGUCCACCGAAACUGAUGCUGAGACAUUCAUGGGCACAGUUUAACAGAUGCCGGGCAGGGCAACUGCCUGCUGUAGCCAGGGCUGCAGGUCCCUUAACUACAAGCCAUGAAUGAAUCCAGGUGGACUGAAUGGAGCAUCUUGAACAUGAGCAGUGGCGUUGUGAAUGUGUCUGAACGUCACUCCUGCCCACUUGGCUUUGGCCACUACAGUACAGUGGAUGUCUGCAUCUUUGAGACAGUUGUUAUUGUCUUGCUGACGUUUCUCAUCAUUGCUGGGAAUUUAACAGUCAUCUUUGUCUUUCACUGUGCUCCACUUUUACACCAUUAUACUACCAGCUAUUUCAUUCAGACGAUGGCAUAUGCUGAUCUUUUUGUUGGAGUUAGCUGCUUGGUUCCUACUCUCUCACUUCUCCACUACUCCACAGGUGUCCACGAGUCACUGACUUGCCAGGUUUUUGGAUAUAUCAUCUCCGUCCUAAAAAGUGUUUCCAUGGCAUGUCUGGCCUGUAUAAGUGUGGAUCGUUAUCUUGCAAUAACCAAGCCUCUUUCCUACAAUCAACUGGUCACCCCUUGCCGCCUGAGAAUCUGCAUUAUUUUAAUAUGGAUCUACUCUUGCCUAAUUUUCUUGCCUUCUUUUUUUGGUUGGGGGAAACCUGGUUACCACGGUGACAUUUUUGAAUGGUGUGCCACCUCCUGGCUUACCAGUGCUUACUUUACUGGCUUUAUUGUUUGUUUGCUGUAUGCGCCUGCUGCCUUUGUUGUCUGCUUCACUUACUUCCACAUUUUCAAAAUUUGCCGUCAGCACACCAAAGAGAUAAAUGAGCGGAGGGCCCGGUUCCCUAGCCACGAGGUGGAUGCCUCUGGAGAGACUGGACACAGCCCUGACCGUCGCUAUGCCAUGGUUCUGUUUCGGAUAACCAGUGUGUUUUACAUGCUGUGGCUCCCCUAUAUCAUUUACUUUCUUCUAGAAAGCUCCCGGGUUUUGGACAAUCCAACACUGUCCUUCCUGACAACCUGGCUUGCUAUAAGUAACAGUUUUUGUAACUGUGUAAUAUACAGCCUUUCCAACAGUGUUUUCCGGCUGGGCCUCCGAAGACUGUCUGAGACAAUGUGCACAUCUUGUAUGUGUGUGAAGGGUCAGGAAGCACGAGACCCCAAACCUAGGAAACGGGCUAACUCUUGCUCCAUUUGAAGAGAACUACACAGUAAAUCAAAUGUAAUCUGACGGUGGUUUUGGAUCAUACUCUUGAUUUGUCUGGAAAUUUGCCACUAGAGAAAUAUUUAUUUGAAUAGUUGACUGUGAGAUGAAGGGACUAAAAGUUUCUUUUUCUCUCUCCUUUUGUCAUGGGAAAAAAUCUAAAAAAAAGGAUGUA